GAGGGGGUGUUUCAUUUCCACUGCAUUUUGCUGUAAAAAAAUCCUUACCCCACCUUGAUUUCUUAGAAACGAAUGAGAAAAACGAAACAAACGAAUAACGCUGCGUCAAACGUGUAAAAGAUUUGAAAUGGAUUCGGUCGAGUUCGAUGCGAUUGUGGCCAUCAAGUUCUGUUGAUAUCUAUCUCAAAGCUACGAUUGCAUUCAACAAACCCUGUAAGGCCCUAUAAACCGGACACGGCCGCCGUAAAAAGGCGUUAGAAAGUACAAUGAAGUUGGCCAUCUGGAUGUCUGAAUGGAGAGAGUCAAAGCCACGCAGACAAAGCAAAACCUUUAAAAUUUCUUGGCUCUGGAAUCGAUGCUAUUGGAGUUGAUUCUUUCUUAGAAAGGCGCUAAACGAAAUGGAUGUGUGUAUAUGUCAACAAUUGUUUCACGCUGGCCUUGACGGGUGUAUCGUGACAAGGGGCAAAUGGUGAAUUUCGUUCGUUAUACCAGUGGAACAGGAGCUAAACGAUAACGAAACACCUAUAAAAGCACGUUGGGCUAUCGGUAGGGAGAUCAGUUGACAGUUGAACUGUUCCAUCCGCAGUCUACAUCAGAAAUGAAGUUGUCCGUUUUCCUGUUGAUUUUGGUCGCUGCUUCCCACCAGCAAUACCUGGGCCGGAACAUGUUCCGUUUGCCAUGGAUUUCGACGCGGUUCGCUCAACAGCAGCCCAUCGAAUAUCCUUAUUACUACAAUCCUCGUUACCAUGACGACAGCUAUUCCGGUCCCGACGCGACACCCGUCAUCAUCGUGAAUCGAGUUAAUGAGGAACAUCCAAGAGCAUCAACCGAUCGGAUGAUGAAUACCGGAGAUAGGAGUCAGCAGUUUGAUGAUAUGCGCGUCGAGCCCAGAGUUAAAAACUACGGACAUAGACAACAAGAUUUGACGUUCGGCAAUAAGCCGCAAAAUCGUUUUUUUUUUACGAAACAGUACCACCCGUACAAGACGGCUACGUUGACCAUUACUUCUACGUGCACGGCUAUUACCUUCAGGACGUGCGUUCCACGAGCCAAUUUUCGUCCACCACUGCCCUUUCCCAUUCCCGAUUGUCGUCGUAAAAGGCAAGCUGAAUCCGAUUUACUGGAAGAUGAUCUUGAUAAUCAAUUCGCUAUCGAUCCCAGUCAAGUGCAACUAGUAAUGCCAACGGAGCAGCCGAUGAAAGUGUCUUUUAUCCACGACGGACGUGAAAUUACGCGUGAAAUCAUGUCUUCUAAGGAAGAGGAAGGACGUGGCAGUCGAUUGGUGGACGCGUCCGAGAUGCAGAUGAGAAACAAGAAGCGAUUUUUGUACUUUGGGCCGAGUGCUCUGGUGGCAGGAACAACCAUCACUUCGUGGUCGGUAGUUUCAACUAUUAUCACCAGCACUUUCGUUCCAGCAGUGCCAUUCCGAUGCUUGCCUCCUGGCUUCACAAUUUGCCCUUAAUUAUCACUGACGAACGUAGAAAUCCCAAUAUCCUUACAUUCUACUCAUUUCACAUUAGAUUUUGUUACUCACCGGGGUUUAGUUUUUUCCAAUUUUAAUUCUUAUUUUAGUGCUGCUGUACCAGUGCUCUAGAAAUUACAGUAUUACAAUUUC